AUGCAAUUAUUAAAUCGACCACAAUUACUUUUUUUGGAUGAACCAACAUCUGGUCUUGAUUCAGUCACAGCAUUGGAUUUAUUGCGAACCUUUCAUUCAUUAGCUCAUGGUCGAUCAUCAGAAAAAGUUGUAACUAUUGUUUGUUCAAUUCAUCAGCCACAAUCCAAAAUAUUUUAUCUAUUUGAUUCAUUGAUUUUACUCAAACAAGGUAAUAUUGUAUAUCAAGGUCCACGGCAACAGGCAAUGGAUGUUUAUCGUAUGGCCGGUUUUCCGUGUCCAUUAUACAGUAACCCAGCUGAUCAUCUACUCGAUGUUAUCACGCCAGCGAGAACAAUUGAUGAUCAAUCAGCUUCCUCUGAAAAACAAACAGAUGCUGAUAAAUUAAUAUUAGCAGUUCAAGCUCCUGUUGAAAUCGAUCUGAAUAUGGGUGCACACAAGCGUAUUGCUCAAAUGGCAGAUCUACCAAAAAACCCGUUGUGGAUCACACAAUUCUUUAUCCUUCUUCGACGCAAUUUUCAAGAACAAAUUCGCUCAUCAAAAAUUAUUGUUACAUCGGUCAUUCAAACAAUCAUUAUUGCCAUUUUAAUUGGUUGUGUUUUUCUACAAAUUGGUAACGGACAAUCAAGUAUUCUACGUCGAAGUCCGGUAAUUUUCUUUUGUGCUAUUAAUCAAGGUAUUUUCGGUGCUCUGAUGGUUAUAAAUUCAUUUCCAGUGGAAAGAGCAUUAUCAUUACGAGAACGAGCUUCUGGUACUUAUUAUGCAAGUGCUUAUUUUACAGCCAAAAUUCUAGCCGAUACACUUGUUCAAGCUCCUGUGCCAGUUUUAUUUUCUUGCAUUGUCUAUUUUUUGGUCGGUUUUCAAUUGGUUGCUAGCAAAUUCUUUAUAUUUACAGUGAUCAUUAUUUUAUGUUCUUUUGCUGCAACAUCAUUGGCUCUAAUGAUUUCUGCUCUAUGUAAGACAACAGAUAUGAGUGUCACUGUUUUGCCUAUGGCACUGGAAGUAACACGGCUUUUCGGUGGCUUUUUCUUAGCUCCGGCUCGUUUACCAAAAUAUUUUUCAUGGCUUGAUGCUUUAUCUUAUAUCAAAUAUGUUUAUGUUGCUCUAAGUCUCAACGAAUUAGAAGACCUUAAAUUAACAUGCACAGCUAAUGAGUUGGCGGCAGGUAAAUGUAUAACUGAGGGAGAAGUCACUAUUCGAGAUCUUGGCCUCGAUUAUAUUAGUAUUGGGGGAUGCAUUGGAGUAUUAUUUGCUUUUAUUAUUGGAUGGCGAGUAAUAGCUUUUUUUGGUAUUCGAUAUCUCAAACAUUAA